AUGCUUUCUCGUGCUGAAGAUCCAGGUAUAUUCUAUUAUGAAUUGAUUGUAGCUACAAUAAAUAAAACCGAUACACCAGGUGUCUCACUUCCUCCAAUGAAUGCCACCUCUGUAUCAUCCUCAGCUACUACAGCCGCCAUAUUAACCACAACCGCUCCUCUAGCAAAUGGCAAGAGUGUGGUUCGCAUAUCGCAUUAUUCUGGUGUACUAACCACGAGUAGCUCCACAUUUACUAGAAAUGGACGUUCAGGAACGUUCUAUUUCGAAGCAAUUGAAGUGACACCAAAACGAACGGGCAAUUACACAUUCACAAGUAACAGUACGAUAGACAACUAUGGAUAUUUGUACACGAACCCUUUCAAUCCAUUGAAUACUACAUCUAAUCUUCUUACACAUGCUGAUGAUAAUGAGAAUGAAACAAGUGAUCAAUUUUCACUGACAUGCGCCCUUCAGGCAGAUACAAGCUACACAUUGGUUUUCACAACGUUUGAUCCUGAUCUGACAGGACCUUUCUCAAUCUUUACACUGGGCCCAUCAAGGAUCUCCCUGCGUCGAUUGAGUAUCCUGUCAACAUUUUCUAUUGCUACUACCUUUAAAACACCAGCGAUCACUGUUGCAUCGAAUUACUCAAGUGCAUUGGACAUGAAUAGUAGCAUGUUUACUCGAAACGGACGCUCGGGAACCUUCUAUUUCGAAGCAAUUGCAGUAACGCCAAAACGAACGGGCAAUUACACAUUCAAAAGUUACAGUACGAUCGAUAGUUAUGGUUAUUUGUACACGAACCCUUUCGAUCCAUUGAAUACUACAUCUAAUCUUCUUACCCAUGCUGAUGAUAAUGAGGAUGGAACAAGUGAUCAAUUUUCACUGACAUGCAUCCUUCAGGCAGGCACAAGCUACACAUUGAUUUUUACAACAUUUGAUGCUGGUGUAACGGGACUUUUCUCAGUUGUUGCCGUGGGCCCAGGAAGAGUUUCUCUUCUCCGAAAAAAUAUCACACCAGUACCAGUCAUCGCGUCCAAUUACUCUGGUGCAUUAAACAAUAAUAGUCCCACGUUUAGUCGGGAUGGAACUUCAGACAUCUGGUAUUAUGAAGCAAUUCAGGCAAUCCCAAAAAGAACAGGAAAUUACACAUUCAAAAGUUACAGUGCAAUAGAUAGCUAUGGUUAUCUGUAUGCAAAUCCGUUCGAUCCAUUGAAUAUUGCAUCUAACCUUCUUGCAAGUUCGGAUGAUGAUGAAACUGGUAUAGAUGACCAAUUUUCCAUGUCAUACCCACUUGAAGCAGGUGCAAAUUACAAUUUGAUUUUCACAACGUUCGAUCGUAGUCUCACAGGGCGUUUCUUUAUUGUUGUGUCCGGUCCAGCAAGAGUCAUUCUUCGUUCCAUGAAUACUACUCUCAAACAAUCCUCAACUACUACAAGCACCACAGUGGCAUCACGAUGUAAGUAUUAUAGACUAAAAAUCUCUGCAUGCUUUAUUUUAAGAGUUCUUAGAAAGUCAGGAGCCAAAACAUACCUGAAAUAUCCACACUGUGGUUUAUGGUACACAUUUUUUUCAUUGGCAGCUGCACUGUAA